AUGGAAUGGCCUCACAAUUUCGUUGCAAACCAAGUCAAAAACCAACGACUACUUUACACUAUGGUUAAGAAAGACUACCGUCAUGAUGAUGCUGUCUGGAUCAAAGGUGGCACUCAUCUCCACCAGGUCGCCAGCUUUCUUCGUCCUUGUGGAAAUGUGUUCUGCCUUGUGCAACUCCAUGAUUUUCGCCAGGUGCGAGUGCGUUACAGCAACAUCUGCCCUUUUGUGGAGUCUUCUUCAAGUCGUCGCCAGAUGGCUGUUCGUGUGGCCGUUCAAGAGGGAUUUUCUGAAGCCGACAUUGCCGUUGCUGGUGCCUGGGUCCCUCGAGACAUGCGCCUUGUUCGCUACCGCAGGAUGCGUGAGAUGGAAGAUGAGAUCCAGAACCUCCGUCUCUUGUUGGGCAGAGAGAGGCGUGAGCAUGGAGAUCUCAGGAGAAGCAUGCGCGAUCUUGCUGAUUUGGUUGCCAGCGAGUGUCAAGAAGGCGAGUCCUCUACUUAAAUUUGUUAAGCCC